AUGAGUCAACGUCGUUGCCUGGUUCCUCACUGUCCCUCAUCUGGCACCAGCACAUUGAUGUUCGGUUUGCCUCGUGACGACGUACGUCGUCACCUGUGGCUUCGCAAACUCGGCGUUGCCGAUGUGCCGAAAUCGACGAACCCGGAUGGUGACGGAGGAAACAGUUUGUUCGUCUGCAAACGCCAUUUCGAUGACGAACAAAUAUACAAGGCCGGACACCGGGUUCUGCUUCGUCCGAACGCUGUUCCCCAACAGAUCGAGUAA